GAGGGCGUGUCAUGAUUUCUGAUAAGUUUUUCAAAUUUAUUAAAAAGUAGUAUAUAUGUCUUAUUUUAUUUUAUUUUUGUGCGCCAACAGGUUGCCACGUGUGCGGAACACCAUGUCAUUGGUCAAAUAGAGUCUCUGACAGACCAAAUCCAAAUGGUUUCAAAAGUAAAUGGUCAAGUUUACACCGUGGUUUAGAGUUUAGAAACCAGAGCUAUUUGGCCGAUAGAUGAUGCAUAGACUAAAAGAACACCUUUUUCAAUUAGAGCAUGGCCAGAUUAGGUUUCAGAAACUGAAGUAGAGAGUGAUGGUUUUGUAAGAGAGCAUUCGCACACAAGCAUGAGUCACGGUGUCGUGAAUUCCUAGUAUCAUCUUAUGCUAUAGGCCUUUGGUUGAGUGAAUGAACCCUACGACAGGGACGACGGCGCACCGGUCUCCCUGAUUCCAGCUUUCUGGCACUAAUAAAACACCUCUGGUUGGCUUGUUAAAAUCAUCAAAGCAGAUUCUUGGAGAUCGGAAGGAUCCUCUUACGAGUUCAGUGUGCUGUGUACGUUUUUGCGAAUAAAACCAUAUUCCCCGUGACUCUUCCAUGACAGCUCUCACUGUGCUCAUACCACACUCACGCCAACCCCGCGCGCGCGCCCGCGAGCAGCAGAGCCUGAGGUGCAUGUCGGGGUCCGGCGAGAUGCCGCCGGCAGCCCGCCAGAGCCGCCGCCGGCACGCCAUCAUCUUCGCCAGCUUCGUCGUGCUCGUCCUGCUCCUCCUGGCGGCCGUGGCCGCCAUCGUCCUGCUGGCGGUCCUCCGGCCGCGGGACCCGACCACGGAGCUCCUCUCAGCCAACGCCACGGGCGCCGCCCCGCGCGUGACGCUCCCCACCGUCUCCGUCCAGCUCAACGUCACCUUCCUCCUCGUGGUGCGCGUGCGCAACCCGAACCCGGCCUCGUUCCGCUACGGCGAGGCCGCCACGACGCUCCUCUACCGGGGCGCCCCCGUGGGCAGCGCCGUCGUCCCGGCCGGCACCGUGCCGAGCCGCGGCGCGACGACCAUGCGGCUGGGCAUGACAGUGCAGGCGGACAAGGUGGUGGCGGCCGCCGGGAUCGGGGGCCUGCUCGGCGACGUGCUCGCCGGGGAGAUGGAGUUCGAGGCGAGGACGGACGUGAAGGGCCGGGUGACGUUCCUCGGGUUCGUGAAGCGGAACGCCCAGGGGAGGUCGGCGUGCCGCAUCGCCAUCGGCGUCCCCGACGUCAAGGUCCGGCGGCAGGAAUGCCACAACGAGGCCAGGCUGUGAGCGCGCGGUUCGUACGGGCGUACGCGUGCCGUAUAAUACGCGCGUCAUGUAGUUGUACUCGUGUGGAGUGGAGGCGUGUGGUGCAACCCGUGUGCUUCCGUGCGAGUGACUCCCGAUUUGUACUGCACGACAUUCGCGUGGUCUGUAUGGGCUUGUGUUUAUAUAGUACUCCACCAUACGAUUCUGCAUAUUCUGAAGGCAUUUUGUUUUGCUUUU